UAUGCUGCAGGCUAACCUUUCGAAGAAGCGGAGUGGCAAAUUUGCGAGCGCAACAGCGUUUGGAUAUUGCAUUCAUUUCCGACUAUUUCCACAAUUUGCUUACUUUUUUCGAUAAAGAGAGCAUAAACAAAAUCGCACCAGUGGUAAAUAUUCCGUCAGAAAAAGCGCGACGUCUCUAUCGCAUUUUCGAUUGUGAAGCAAACCUGGCCAUUAGUUUUCACACAAGUCGUCGCAUCAUUGUAACUGCUUGUUAUGUGGUGGUGAACAUCGAAAAGGAAAACUUGUAGAAAGCAAUAGUAACAGUGACGCUCACACGACAAGCGUUUAGAAACAGAAUGUCUGGACACAGAGGUGGAGGAGCUGGAGGUCAUCAAAAUGGUCCUCCUGGCCUCAAACAGAUUGAUUUAGAUCAAAUUUGGGGUGAUUUACGAGAGGGUAUAGAACAAGUUUAUAAGAGGCAGUGUAUGUCAAAACCAAGAUAUAUAGAACUCUACACACAUGUAUAUAAUUAUUGUACAAGUGUCCAUCAACAAAUGUCUAGAACAAGCACUAAAAAAAAAGGAGGUCAUGUUCAGCAAGGAGGUGCACAAUUAGUAGGAUUGGAACUCUACAAACGCUUGCGAGACUUUCUUAGGACUUAUCUUAUUAAUUUAUUAAAACAUGGCAUUGAUUUAAUGGACGAAGAUGUGCUCCAAUUCUAUACAAGACAGUGGGAAGAAUAUCAGUUCAGCAGCAAAGUAUUAAAUGGCGUAUGUGCCUACCUUAAUCGUCAUUGGGUACGCAGAGAGUGUGAAGAGGGACGAAAAGGAAUUUAUGAAAUUUACCAACUGGCUCUGGUUACUUGGCGAGAUAAUUUGUUUAAGCAUUUAAACAAACAGGUUACCAAUGCGGUGCUAAAAUUAAUCGAACGAGAACGUAAUGGUGAAACAAUAAACACUCGAUUAGUCAGUGGUGUUAUUAAUUGUUAUGUAGAAUUGGGUUUAAAUGAAGAAGAUCCAGGUGCUAAAGGUCAAAAUCUGACAGUAUAUAAGGAAAAUUUUGAGAAUUCAUUUCUGGAAGAUACAGAACGAUUUUACACUCGUGAAAGUUCAGAUUUUCUUAGGCAAAAUCCCGUGACGGAGUAUAUGAAAAAGGCGGAACAAAGAUUGUUAGAAGAACAAAAGCGUGUGCGAGUUUAUUUGCAUCAGACGACUCUCGAACGUCUAGCGAAAACCUGUGAGAGAGUACUUAUCGAGAAACACUUGGACAUAUUUCAUUCCGAGUUCCAGAAUCUGUUGGAUGCAGAUAAAAAUACAGAUUUGGGCAGAAUGUAUCAAUUAGUAGCGAGAAUACCAAAUGGCCUUGGAGAGUUAAGAAAUCUCUUGGAAAGUCACAUUGCUAAUCAGGGGCUUGCAGCCAUAGAUAAAUGCGGCGACUCUGCAGCUAAUGAUCCGAAAAUUUAUGUAAAUACAAUCUUAGAAGUACACAAAAAAUAUAACGCUUUAGUACUAGUUGCAUUUAACAAUGAUAGCGGCUUCGUAGCAGCUCUGGAUAAAGCUUGUGGACGAUUCAUCAAUAGUAAUUCAGUUACAAGAGCAGCGAACAGUAGCAGUAAAUCACCAGAAUUAUUAGCUAAAUAUUGUGAUUUAUUGUUGAAAAAGAGCAGUAAAAAUCCGGAAGAGGCAGAACUCGAAGAUACUCUUAAUCAAGUUUUUCAUUUUCUCUAUGCGCAGAUGGUAGUAUUUAAAUACAUCGAAGAUAAAGACGUAUUCCAGAAAUUCUAUAGUAAGAUGUUAGCCAAACGAUUGGUGCAACACAUGUCUGCUAGUGACGACGCAGAGGCUUCUAUGAUCUCUAAGCUAAAACAAGCAUGUGGAUUUGAAUAUACUUCCAAAUUACAACGUAUGUUUCAGGAUAUCGGCGUAUCAAAAGAUCUAAAUGAACAAUUCAGGAGACAUUUGACAAAUUCCGCUGAACCUUUGGACAUAGAUUUCAGUAUACAAGUAUUAUCUUCUGGUUCAUGGCCUUUUCAACAAUCGUUCACAUUCUCUUUGCCAACGGAGUUAGAAAGAUCUGUACAUAGGUUCACCACGUUCUAUAGUUCGCAACACAGCGGCAGAAAGUUAAAUUGGCUAUAUAACAUGUCUAAAGGCGAGCUACAUACGAACUGUUUUAAGAACAGAUAUACAUUACAAGCGUCAACUUUUCAAAUGGCAGUUUUGUUAGCAUACAAUGGAUCUACAUCAUGGACAAUACAACAAUUACAAUAUGCUACACAAAUUAAAAUGGAUUUUUUACUACAGGUCAUUCAAAUACUUCUGAAAGCUAAGCUUUUAACUGCAAAUAGCGACGAUAUAGCUGAACUGACGCCAUUAUCAACCGUAGAACUUUUUACGGGAUAUAAAAACAAAAAAUUAAGAGUAAAUAUCAAUAUACCUAUGAAAACGGAAUUAAAAGUUGAACAAGAAACUACACACAAACACAUAGAAGAAGAUAGAAAACUUUUAAUUCAGGCAGCAAUUGUUAGAAUUAUGAAAAUGCGGAAAGUAUUGAAGCACCAACAAUUAGUGGCGGAAGUAUUGAACCAAUUAAGUUCUAGAUUCAAACCAAGAGUACAUGUUAUCAAGAAAUGUAUAGAUAUUUUAAUUGAAAAAGAAUAUUUGGAACGCACAGAGGGUCAAAAGGACACUUACAGCUACUUGGCAUGAUCAGUCGAUUUAGGACAACGAUACAACAACACUCAUGUAUGCAAAAAUAAGAUAAUCUUACAUUGCAUUAUACGUAUCACAAUAUUUAUUUAAGAAUUUUCAAUGUAUAAUUCUCCAUAUAUUUUUAUUCUGUACAUGUGUGGAUGCCUUUGUACCUUGUCUUUCUGGUCGCAUUUAUAGAGACUGGCUUUACACACACACUUAAUGACAAUUUUAUUAACAUCUUGAUAUAUUAUUUCUUUUAUAUAUAUACAAUAGUAGUGAUCACGAGAUUGUCUUAUCGAGACCGAUCGUGCUCGCGGUAUCUGCUAUUCAUUUAAGAGACAUCAAAACAAUAAUGAAAAACUGAAGAAUAAAUUUAACUGUUCGUUAGAGUCAAAAGUGUAAUUGGAGUAAGGAUCAUCUCCUACUGGAGUCGACCAAUAACGAUAAGCCAAUCUCGAGGAUAAAAAUCAGGACAACCUCGCGACCACUAUUAUGUGUGUGUGUGCGCGGGUGUGCGUGGAUAUGUAUGUGUGUGCGUGCGCGCAUGUAUGUGGGUACAUACAUGAGAUAUUAAUAAGAUUAUUUCAUACAAUUAUAUUAUUAUUAAGAGUCGAAUGUGUGCUAAAUGUGUUACUGCCUGUGCUAGUUCUCAUAUGAAAUAUAUUGCUUCAGCAUCAGAGUAAUAGCACAUAUAAAAAAACUUUAGCAGUAGUAAGCAAAUUAAUCAAUCACAGGCCAGUAUUAUCGCUCACGUGCUUUAAUGUUGGCUUGUCAUUGGUUAGUGUGUUAUUUGUUCUAGGCUUUGCAGACUGUGUGACACAGGAUUUUCCAUUAUAUCCAUAGAAGAUUAAUAUAUACAUAUAUAUUACAAAGCUAAUAUUUAAACGCUGGUGUUUUGUCAUUUUAUAAGUUGCUAAGUUUAAUAUUUUUUGACCUUACACAAUUCAGAAUAUCAAAACUCUCGACUACUUCUUGGUAAAGUAAAUUUAAUAUUGCUUUUAUGAUGUCAGAAGCGUAUGUGAAAAAAGUAUAAACCACUUUUUACUGUGUCCAUUAUGUGUUUUAUCGAAAAUAUUGUAAAUUAUAGUUUAAAGAACUGUAUGUGUGUACAUAUACGCUUUAUACCAAAAUAUGAAAUUUAACAAGAAACACAUCAUCGUAACAAAUCGUUAUGCAAGCACAUGGAUAGUAAUACAUUUUAGCAGAAGGAACAUUUGGAGCUAGAAAAUUUUAUGUCAAUAAAAUGCAACAUUCUAUAUUAAAAUUAUAUUUUUAUUUUAAUAGGAUAUAAUUUAAUCGUAAAUUGUAUCUUCAGUAGAAUGUUAUGUAUAUUUGUGAAAUUAGAAUACAAAAAAUUGGAUGACACCUCGUCAAAAAAACAUAUAUAUUAUAGAUGUUAACUAACAAUUUAUUAUAUAAACUCAAUAUCUUAAAUUCAAGAAUAUUGAAAAUUUUGAAUGUGCAGAUUGUCUCAAAAAUAAAGGUAAUCAAUAUCAUUAUCAUUGAACUACGGAGCACGCACAGGGUUUGAGAAAUAACACAGCGAAUCGUGAUUAAACUUUUGGAUUUAGAUGAUUAUUAACAUUUUUAUUAAAUCAGAGUGUUGAAUUUGGUAUUUUGAGUGCAAUAGAAAGAUAGCACGUGUAUGUUGUGUAUGAAGUGAUUAAAAAGAAGGAAAGAGUUAAGCGAUAGUUAAAAGAAUGUAAAAUUCAUUUCAUUUACUCGCUAAGUUUCAAGUCCUGAAACUCAAGUUUGUGACACGCGAUGAUUUCUUUUUGUGCUAGAUCGCAUAUAAGCUCCAGAAUUGUCCAAUUUGUGAUUUUGAAAUCAAAGAAUUGGUUAAUGUGCAUACGAUUUGCAUAUACGAUCAAGCACGAAAAGAAGCAUCGCGUGCCGUAGACUUGAUAAUUGUAUAUAAAAACGAAGGUGGACACCUUCAAGACAUUUGAAAUAUAUAUCACAGUCAUAGAAUAUUCUGCUAUUAACAUUUUAUCAUCGCAUAUUGUCAGUGAUUAAAAAAAACAAAAAAAAACAAAAAAAAAGACAAAAAAAAACAAAACAAGCUAAAUUGUAAUUAAUGGCAUUAUUAACUGACUUGCCCACAGGGUAAGUACCAAUAUCUAUAGUUGCAAAAACA